UCUUAUCAUUUAUUUAGUUUUGGCUUGGAAAUUCAUAUCUGGCACAUAAGAGUAAUGUGAAUGUAUGAAAUAGCGCUAGAUUAGAUCCUUGCUAGUCCUGUAUUUUAUUUGGAUUAUUUAUUUAUUUCUAAUUUUUAAAAAUAUAAACACCAAAACAGCACAACUACUCAAAAAUGUCUGGAAUAGCACUUGGUCGUUUAGGCGAAGAAAGAAAAGCUUGGAGAAAGGAUCACCCAUUUGGUUUUGUUGCUAAACCAACCAAAAAUCCAGAUGGCACAUUAAAUCUUCUAAAUUGGGAAUGUAAAAUCCCAGGCAAAAAAGGGACACCAUGGGAAGGUGGCCUCUAUAUGUUGAGAAUGCUCUUCAAAGAUGAUUAUCCAAGUUCACCACCAAAAUGUAAAUUUGAACCUCCCUUGUUCCAUCCCAAUGUUUACCCAUCUGGUACUGUCUGUCUUUCACUGCUUGAUGAAGAAAAGGAUUGGCGGCCAGCAGUCACAAUCAAACAGAUUCUUUUAGGUAUUCAGGAACUUCUCAAUGAACCCAAUAUAAAAGAUCCAGCACAAGCAGAAGCAUACACUAUUUAUUGCCAAAACAGGGCAGAAUAUGAAAGGCGAGUUAGAGAGCAAGCUUCAAGAUUCAGAGAUCCUACUUACAAAUGAUGACAUUGUAUGACAGAGAUGAUUAAAUUAAUUUUUUUUUUGUCAUCUUCCAGUGUAAAAUGUGCGUAGAGCAAUCUGUACACAUAGACUAUUGUCCAGUGUUUGUGUUGUAUUACUCAGUGUAAAAGACCUGUUUUAGAACUUGAAUCACUGGUUUAUUCUUUAUAUCAUUGUUCUUUAUUUGUUUUUAAAGAUUUGUUGGGCAUUUAUGUCACAUUUGUUUACAGUAAUUAUGAAGCAUUUUAAAAGACGAAUCCUUCGUCCCCUUGAAAUUUGUACUAGUUCCAGACUGAUGUUAGUCCAAUGUAUAUAGAAGAUAUAUAUAUAUACCUACCUACCACUUAACAUUGGGUUCUGCAACAUGAUACUCCAUACACCUAAUAAUAAAUCUUUUGAAUAGAGA